UAUCGUUAAUGUUUUCCUCUCGCCAUUUCUUAAAAAUAACCGCCACCCAGCAUAACAAAACUAAGUAAUAGACCCAAAAUACUCCUCAAAGUUAAAGGCCUACACUACGCUUGCUCAUGCACGAGUGAGGAAGCGUUAUUAAUGAUAACCACCACCUGGCAUAGUAGACAAUGAAGAGAAAUGCUCAAAAUAAUCCCCAACAUAGACGAGUCACAGUGAUUGCUCCUCCUGCCAGUUAUUGCAUAUUCGACCGGUUCCUUGCUAACGUACACAUAUUCAAUAGUUGUUCAAAAUAAUUGCCACUUUGCACAUUAGAAAUUAAUUUAAAAAGGCCUCAAAACUCGUGGGGCGCUUGUUCUUGCAGAGGCACAUGUACAGUACGUGCAUAACAUAGACAAAUCAAAUGCCAUUCCUCCGUCCGCCAGUUAUUAAUGAUAACUGACGCCUUGCAUAAGUAAAUUACAUUGUAGGCUUGUUCAUACACGAGUUUAUUAGUGUGCACGACAUAAACAAAUCGUAUAAAUAAUGUGUGAAUCAUGCAUAUGGGCCAGUUAUUAUUAAUAACCGCCACCUUGGAUAGUAGAAGUAAAUAAAAAAAGAGUCAAUCUAAGCCACACAUAUACUGUAGGUCAAGGUUGUCAAACUCAGUUUAGCUUAGGGGCCACAUGGAGGAAAAUGUAUUUACUUUUGACCUAGCAGAUUUGGUCACAUUUUCAGCAGACCCAUAAUAAAUUCCUAAAAGAACCAAACUUCAUGAAUGUUUUUUGUGACAAGCAAGUAUGUGCUCCAAUCGCUCUAUCACAAAAAAAUAAGAGUUGUAGAAAUUAUUGGAAACCCAAGACAGCCAUGACAUUAUGUUCUUUACAAGUGUAUGUAAACUUUUGACCAUGACUGUAUGUAGCAUUAUAUACAACAAAACUUAAGAAUUUGGACUCCUUUUAUUCAUCACACAUGAACUCAGAAGGGGAUACUAAUUAUUUCAGCAAAUGUAUGUGUGCCCAGUAAUUAUGUGCCCACUUAUAAUUACAACAUGAACUGUACAGAUGAUCAAAAGUAUUUAUUUGGGUAUAAAUGUCACAGGUUACAUUACCAACAACCUCUUUGACAAUCAAGGCAUGAAGCUGUACGCUUUUGCAGAAUGGACUCUGAUAUUAAAGGCCUACUGAAAGCCACUACUACCGACCACGCAGUCUGAUAGUUUAUAUAUCAAUGAUGAAAUCUUAACAUUGCAACACAUGCCAAUACGGCCGGGUUAACUUAUAAAAUGCAAUUUUAAAUUUCACGGGAAACUUCCGGUUGAAAACGUCUAUAUAUGAUGACGUUUGCGCGUGAUGUCAAUGGUUGAAAUGGAAGUAUUCGGACACAUUGUAUCUCAAUACAAACAGCUCUGUUUUCAUCGCACAAUUCCACAGUAUUCUGGACAUCUGUGUUGGUGAAUCUUUUGCAAUUUCUUUAUGAACAAUGGAGACUGCAAAGAAGAAAGUUGUAGGUGGGAUCGGUGUAUUAGCGGCUGGCUGCAGCAACACAACCAGGAGGACUUUGAGGAUAGCAGACGCACUAUCCAACGCUAGCCGCCGACCGCAUCGAUGAUCGGGUGAAGUCCUUCGUCGCGCCGUCGAUCGCUGGAACGCAGUGAUGGAGGAGCUCCGGCAGCAGCUGGAGAAGCAAUGUCUCAUCAACCAGGAGCUGCAGAGGCAGAAUAAAGACUUGGAGCAACGUCUGCAGGAGAAGGAGAAACUUCUACAGGAGCUCCACAGUCAAUAUCACAACCUGGAGUUUCCGCCUCAGCGGGACAACGACGUCGAACCGGAGGUCAGGAAGAGUCGCGCUGCUGUCAUCGCACCAGAACCCAUCCCAGAGACGGUGGACAUCAGGAAGUCCAGGGUGAAGAAAACUUCCAGUGAGACGGGUUUGAUCGUCAAAGCCAUCCAGAAAAACGACUUCCUGAGCCGCCUGGAUGACGAGCAAAUAGCCAUGAUGGUGGAUCUCCUGGAGACCAUUAACAUCAGCCGUGGCGGCGAAGUCAUCAAAGAAGGCUCUGAAGGGGACAGCAUGUACAUGGUAGCAGCUGGCGAGCUCAUUGUCACCCAGUCAGGUCGUGUCCUCCGGACCCUAACCAGCGGUGACAUCUUUGGAGAGCUGGCCAUCCUUUACAACUGCAAACGAACCGCCACAGUCAAAGCAAAGACAGAAGUGCGUCUGUGGUGCAUGGAGAGACAGAACUACAGGACCAUCAUCACCAACAAAUCCAAGAAGAAACGGGAGGAGCUUAUGGGCUUCCUGAAGACGUCUCGCACUCUGAAGGACCUAAAUGAUGUCCAGUUGUCCAAAAUCAUCGACUCAAUGGAAGAGGUGAAGUACCAGGACAAAGAUGUUAUCGUUCGAGAGGGAGCGGAAGGAAACACCUUCUACAUUAUCCUCAAAGGCGAGGUCCUCGUGACUAAGAACGUGAACGGACAUCAGAAGCAGAUUCGUAGGAUGGGGAAAGGGGAGCAUUUCGGGGAACAGGCCCUUAUACGUGAAGUGUUGAGAACAGCCACCUGCGCAGCUGAGGGCCCCGUGACCUGCUUCUCCAUCGACAAGGAGGUGUUUGAAGAGACAAUCCCAGUGGAGCAGUUGGAGUUGUUUGAUGACUCCAAGAUGCUCCAGGAGGCCAAAGCUCCUGCAAAGUCCAGUCCCAGCUCCACCCUGAGGUUUAAGGACCUGGUUCCUGUCCUGUACCAGGAGGGUCGCUAUCAAGGGGAUCCGGUCACCCUCGGCGUAGGAGGCUUCGGCCGCGUUGAGCUGAUGACCACGUUGAAUUAUGGGAAGUACUACGCCAUAAAGAGGGUGAGUAAGAAGCACAUAGUUGCCAAGAGACAGGAGGAGCACAUGCUGCUUGAGAAGAAGAUCCUUAAAGCCGUCCAGUGCGACUUCAUUGUCAGACUUCAUGCAGCCUUUAAGGACACACGUUACAUCUAUAUGGUGAUGGACUUCUGUGGGGGCGGCGAGAUCUGGACAAAACUUAAAGAAGUUGGGCGUUUUGACGAGCAGAUCGCCAUCUUUUGCACCUCCUGCGUGGUGGAGGCCUACGCCUACCUCCACAAGAAAAGCAUCAUGUACAGAGACCUAAAGCCAGAGAACCUGAUGUUGGACGUGCGUGGCUACGUCAAACUGGUGGACUUUGGUUUUGCCAAAGAGUUGGUGCGUGGAGAGAAGACGUACUCAUUCGUUGGUACUCCUGAAUACAUGGCGCCGGAGAUCAUCAAGAACCAGGGACAUGACUUUGCUGUUGACUUUUGGUCGCUUGGCAUCCUCAUCUAUGAGCUCCUGGUGGGAAGCCCUCCCUUUUCGAGCUCGGAGCCUCAGAAGAUUUACUCCAAGAUUCUGGAUGGCGUGCUGAGUUAUCCUCCAUACUUAAGUGAAGCAGCCAAGUCCAUUAUUAGCAAGCUGUGCAGACCCCGGCCAGGCCAGAGGUUAGGAAACACUAAGAAUGGCAUCAAAGAUGUCCGAAGUCACAGGUGGUUUGGUAACAUGAACUGGCACAAGCUGCGUAUGGCUCAGCUGGACGCUCCCACGGUCCGCCUCAUACGCAAGGGCCCCUGCUACAUCAAUUUUGAUCGCUUCCCUCAAGAUCAGACCAAGGCAGACGAGGAGUUUUCCGGUUGGGACCGUAACUUCUAAGCUGUAUGACGCUGCCCAAAAACAAACAAACUGAAUUAUUGAGGAAGUUCGGCAACCAAAACAAGAUGAUAAAACACCAUGGCGCUGAAAGAAAACUCAGGAAAACCCAACUUGCAUUCUCAAAGGGGGUCUUUUUAGACCGACCAAUGACUUUCAUGUUGACAAUUUUCAUGAUAAUCCACCCCAGUCACCAGCUCAAAUUAAAAACAAUUCUAACCAAAAAAUAUAAAAACAACAUUUGCGAGCUCAUAUUAGCUUUGGUAGUUGGAAAAAACAGAUUAAACCUAAAAAAUAUCUAUAUUUCGACUGAAAAUAUGAUAUAUUAUAUUUUUUCUUAUUGCAAUGCAAUUAUCCAAGGACUAAUUUAGUCUAUACAAAAUCAACAUUUAUUUUAUAAUUUAAACAAUUUUCUUAUUAUUUUUAAUAGGCACUGAAAUAAGUCAAUGAUUGGAAGCAUAGAUUAAAACAUCAAAUUAAAACUCACACUCAAAAACUGCUGUAAAUGUACAAUAACAUAUAUAAAAUAAAUACAUAAAUAUAUAUUUACAUAAAUAUGUUUUAUUUAUUAUUAGCAUUAGUAUUAUUAUUAGUAGUAGUAGUAUUUCAGUAGCAGGACAUCACUGCAGACAAGAGCACAAGUUGAGAAAUAUUGAUGCAUGCUUAGAAUGGGAAAGAGUAGCACCAUCUAGUGGACAGACCAAAAUAAGAAUGAGAGUAGUCUAAAGAAAGUUUUAUAAAGUUUUUUUGUUUUUUUUUAUCUCAAGGAUCAAAUGUGUUGUAUUUUGGAUGUAGAUUUGUAAUUUUAGGCUUAUUUACAAAUCCGUGUAUCAUUCGUUCGUUUGUUUUUACAUUUGAAACCAACAUUUUUAUGUAAUUUUUUUUUUUGUAGCAAAUCAAAUAAUUAAUAAUGUUUGUUUUUAUUGAUAUACAUAUAUAGUAUUAAUUUGGUCAAAUUUGAAGACGAUGAAAAACAAGCGUAUAAAUAAUUUUUUGUAAAUCCAUGUGAGUUUGCCUUGAAUUAUUUUUCCAAAGACAAGGUUUUAAAACCCCCGCCUGGGGACUCAUCAAUUGUGUGUGAAAAUGAUGUCAUCGCUCAUUGACAAUCCUGUCCGCCAGACCUAAAAAAGUCAUAAACUAAUACGAGUUGUUGUCCUGCUUUGUAGUAAUCAAAGUAAAACAAAGAAGAGAUUUUACAGAACAGAGUGCAAUACAGUCGUCUCUCACCAUGUCGUUCUUCAAAUGUUGCAGCUUCACCAUAUUGCUGAUUUUUUUUAGAUAUUGUAAACACUUUUUAAAGCAUAUUCUAAAACAUUUUGGUCCUAAAUGAAGCAGUUUCAAGCAUAAAAAUGACUAAAUCAACAAAAAAUAUCCACACUGCUGUAAAAUGUGCCAACAAGAGGAGACCAAACCAAUCAGAGUGUGCUGUUCAGUACCGUGGCCACUGAUUGGCUCAGCCUUACUGUAUUGGAUUGAAAGAGUGCAAAGGUGUUAUUUCAUGUCUAGAGGGCUCUCAUAAUGUUGAAAAAUAUAUUCAGAAGGUUGUAAACAUCUUUUUUUAUGCUUUAGCUAUGAAAAUAUUUUAUUUAUAAUAAAUGAUUCCCACCUACAUUUAUUGUGGUCAUGUCCGGAAGUGAUAAACGAGGGACGACUGGAGUGUACUAAUAUUUUUCCAACAAUGACUGUACUCCUGUCAUGACUUUAGUCACACCAUAAAUUGAUUGAGAUUUGAUUGAAGUUAGGUU